UCCAUCCAGUUCGCUGCUCAGUUAACUUCCCUCUCCAGAGAAAUACACAGCACAGACAACAACAAAGACAACGUGAGACUUCAUUCUUACAAACUUCAUCUGACCGGUAAAUUCAGUCGUGUCGCCAUGGUGAAAGGGGACGUUAAUAAACCGAAAGGCAAGACGUCAGCCUACGCCUUCUUCGUCCAGACCUGCCGGGAGGAACACAAGAGGAAACACCCCGAACAGUCGGUCAACUUCGCCGAGUUCUCCAAGCAGUGUUCAGAGAGAUGGAGGGCUUCCACUGCGACUGACAAGCGUCGUUUUGAGGACAUGGCUAAGAACGACAAGGUGCGCUAUGAGAGGGACAUGAGGGGGUACGUCCCCCCCAAGGGGAUGGCCAAGAGCGGCAGGAAGAAGAAGGACCCCAACGCUCCAAAACGACCCCCGUCUGCCUUCUUUGUGUUCUCUGCAGAGUUCCGUCCGACGGUCAAACAGGAAUUCCCAGGCUGCUCUAUAGGACAGUGCGCUAAGAAGCUGGGGAUCAUGUGGGGUCAACAGACUCCGACCCAGAAACAGCCAUUUGAAGAAAAGGCUCUCCGACUGAGGGAGAAAUACGACAAGGAUAUGGCUGCAUACCGCUCCGGUGCGAACGUUAAGCGGGUGCCGAUGCGACCCGGUCCCGGUGGCUCGUCCGGUGUGAUGCCCCACGCCGCGGCCGGUGACGACGACGACGACGAUGACGACCUGGAGGACGAUGACGACGAAGAGGACGAUGACGAGUAGAGCUGUUAGUGUUCCAGCCUGUUGGAUCGUGUGUUUUACCUCGCCCCUCCGCUCACCGGGUUUUUCACGCUUUUGAGACCUAAAAGUAUAAACUCCGCCCACCCGGGGUCACGGCAAGCUAAAACACACCCAGUUCCAGAGGAGGAAUCUGAUUGGUUGGAAGGUUGUGUGUGUGUGUGUGUGUGUGUGUGUGUGUGUGUGUGUGUGUGUGUGUGUGUGUGUGUGUGUGUGUGUGUGUGUGUGUGUGUGUGUGUGUGUGUGUGUGUGACUGUGCCUGUCAGUGACCCUAGAGGACUGGCCCUAGGUUCAAGGGUCAAAAGGUCAUGGGUUAGUUAGAGCAGAGCUGGACCAGACACAACCCUUAGGGGACUUUUAUAUUAUUACCGCGCGUAAACGAUCGCUCGUCACCUUAUUACAUCUGUAACCCUGGUAACAGUUGCUACGGGCCGACAUGUCCAAUAGCAGAGCUCUGUUGAGGGCUCGAUCUCUAGGCUGUUGUUCCCAUGGGGGGGGGGUUGUGUUUGGACCAGGGGCUAUAGGUCAAUAUUAUCACAACGCUUUUUAAAAAAAAACACACUGUCCCCGUUUUAUUUUUUUAAUUGAAAAUCAACAAAUGUGUCCUGAAACCAUAUGUAGAAACUGACUUUUAAUAACAUUUUUAUGAUUCUGAAAAUGAACGAGUGUUUUCUCUG